CGAUCCCACUUCAUCAUCCUCCACCUACCUUCUUCCUACCCUCAACCCCACCCCUCUCAGCUUGAGGACCGUUCAACCCUCAUCUCUCGCCCUACGGGAAUAUAUCACACCAUACUAAACACGCAUCAGAAUCAGCAACGAUGGCAGAACGUUACAUCCCCGAGCAUCGCCGUACUCAAUUCAAGGCGAAGAACACCUUCAAGCCCGAAGAGUUGAGACGCCGUCGUGAAGAGCAACAGGUAGAGAUCAGAAAAGCCAAACGUGAGGAGAACCUUGCGAAGAGAAGAGGUAUCACAGGCGGCGACGGAUCUGCUCGACUUGGCGCGUCGCUCGGCGCAGAGGCAGACAGUGACGAUGACACCGUACCCACAGAGAGCCAGUUGAACGAAGACCUCCCCCAAAUGGUGGAAGGUGUCUUCUCUGACCAGAUUGAUCUUCAAAUCCAAGCAACCACCAAGUUCCGAAAGCUGCUUUCAAAGGAACGCAACCCACCAAUCGAAGAGGUCAUCAAGACCGGAGUAGUCAGCCGCUUCGUCCAAUUUCUCAGAUCACCUCACACCCUUGUGCAAUUCGAGGCGGCGUGGGCUCUCACAAACAUCGCCUCAGGUUCAGCCCAACAAACACAGGUCGUUAUUGAGGCCGGUGCUGUCCCCAUCUUCGUUGAACUGUUAGGUAGUCACGAGCCAGAUGUCAGAGAGCAGGCUGUCUGGGCUUUAGGAAAUAUUGCUGGUGAUAGCCCACAUUGCCGUGAUUAUGUUUUGAGCUGUGGUGCUCUCAAGCCCCUCCUGGCCCUCUUGGGUGAUAGCCGCAAGCUGAGUAUGCUCCGCAAUGCCACCUGGACUCUCAGCAAUUUCUGCCGUGGGAAGACCCCGCAGCCUGACUGGAACACCAUCUUCCCCGCUCUGCCAGUCCUGGCUAAGCUCGUUUACUCCCUGGAUGACGAGGUCUUGAUCGAUGCCUGCUGGGCCAUCUCAUAUCUUUCGGAUGGCGCUAAUGACAAGAUCCAAGCUGUUAUUGAAGCUGGUAUCCCUCGUCGCCUUGUAGAGUUGCUCAUGCAUGCGUCUACCUCGGUCCAAACCCCUGCCCUCCGAUCCGUCGGUAACAUUGUCACCGGUGAUGAUGUCCAAACUCAAGUCAUUAUUAACUGUGGUGCCUUGCCUGCACUGCUAUCUCUCUUGAGUUCUGGAAAGGAUGGAAUCCGUAAGGAGGCUUGCUGGACCAUCUCCAACGUCACGGCCGGGAACUCCACACAGAUCCAGGCUGUUAUCGAUGCCAACAUUAUCCCACCGCUUAUUCAUCUCCUCUCCAAUGGCGACUUGAAGACCCGCAAGGAGGCUUGUUGGGCCAUCUCGAACGCUACCUCUGGUGGACUACAAAAGCCAGAGCAGAUCCGCUACCUGGUCAACCAGGGUUGCAUCAAGCCUCUGUGUGACCUGCUCUCUUGCCCCGACAACAAGAUCAUCCAGGUCGCCCUCGAUGGCCUUGAGAAUAUUCUGAAGGUCGGAGAGAUGGACAAGGACGCUGCUGGCGCGGGCGAGGAAGCCAUCAACCGCUACGCCCUGUUCAUUGAGGAAUGCCAAGGCAUGGAGAAGAUCCAUGAUUGCCAGACCAAUGCCAACGAGGAGAUUUACAUGAAGGCAUACAACAUGAUCGAGAAGUACUUCUCGGACGAGGACGAGGCAGAUGAGACUGUUGCCCCAACCGGCACCGGCCAAGCCUUCGGAUUCGGUACCAACGGUCAACAAGCUGGCUUCAACUUUGCCAGUGCUAACGGUGGCGACUCGAUGGAUAUGUAA